AUGGCGCUCAAACAGAACAUCCAAUCCCUCCCAAUGGAGGUGCUCGAUUGCGUAUUCUCCCAUUUGGGCGACAAGGAAUCCAUCAAGCAAUCUCGCCUUGUUUCUCGAGCCUUUAACAACGCAGCUGCUCCGUAUCUUAUAGACGAGGCGCAAGUCCGCGUAACCUCCAUAUCUUUAUCACGGCUCGAGGAGCUCUGCAACCAUAACAUAUUUUCCAAAUCCAUCACUAACGUCACCAUCAUUCUCUCCCAGUAUGAUGUCAGCCUGGCCAUGGAUCGAUCUCUCUUCAUGCAGGAUUGCACCGGGCGCUUACUACGGAAUAUGGAGAUGCGCGAACGCAUGGGGGCCUACAAAUGGCGCCGCAUGAUCGCUAGCAGGUGCCGCAAGAGAGUGCCGCCAUUCAGCUUCCAGGAUAAGAGCAGGGAGGACGCUCUCCAGAGAGAGAUUGAACAGCAACUUUGGGGACUGAUGUACUUCAAUCCUGUGCUCCUGAAGAUAUCAGAAGAGGGUUUCGAUGAGAAAGAAGCUACUCCGUUCCAGCAGGUAGCCAUGCGACUCUAUACCAGAUACAGGGAGCAAUGCCAAGAUCAGGAGAGGGUUCGCCGCGAGAACAAACACGUUGACCGAAUUUGUUCUGCGUUGACCAAGCUUCCAAACCUUUGUAACCUGCGCUUCGACGACCCAUACCUUGUAGUGGACAAGGAGUUGCAAGCUUCUGAUUUCCCGGAUCUCGGCUUUGAUCGAAGGAUGUUGGAACAUUUCGACUGCAUACUCUCGCCUUCGCGGUGGUCCGGCUCGUAUACCACGAGGCAUUUCAUUCUCCCACAGGUUGAGAUGUUGGGAGAGCUCUGCGCCCGGCUCGGUCAGAGCGGGAUCAGACCUCGAUCAGUUUGGGUGGGGAUGACCACACCCGCGGAUCUGUGGCGCCUCACCUUGUCAAGGGAGCAGCAGGCCGGCCUCAAACUUCUCAUGUCCAAAGUCAGCCACGCUAGGUUGGGCGUAGAAGGGUUGGAGGCUAAUGAGUGGCCCUGGGAUGGCUACCUCGGCCUUUGCUCCUUUACUAAGCCCUUCUUUACGGCUCCUAACCUGGAAACAUUAGAAGUGGAUUUUGUCAAUUAUACGUCCGGCAAUCGACCGCCCGAGGCCGGCUUAUCUGAUCUCCUACCCUUGGACAGCCCUUGGCAAAAACUGGAUACUCUGAUUCUCAGUUACCAGCCCGCCAAAAUCGAGGAGUUGCGGACGCUUGUUGCUCUACAGGGGGAUACUAUCACGAAUUUGAAAUGGGACUAUGGGUGGCUUCUGAGUGGCCGUUGGUCAGAAGCUGUGGAGCUGCUACGGGGUUUCCGAAAGCUCACAGAGGUAUCCUUGGAGUACCCGAAGGGUGAGUGCUUCGGAGCAAAUGAUAUUCCUACAUAUGACGUUCCUUUUGAGGAAAUCCGUAGCUACAUCCUCAAGGAGACGGAUGCCAAUCCUCUGGUCGCCGAGCAUACAAGCUAG